AUGGUGGGGUAUAACUAUGGCCCCUGGGCAUUGGUCAAUGAAACUACCGGUGACUCCGUGGCGAAUUACACAUUCGUCCUUCCGAGUCUGGAGGCUCAGUACUCUUAUUUGGGGCUAGGAACUGGAUCUAUGGAUAGUGCGAAUCAGGGUCUGAGUUACCGGUUGAGUGGUGCCGAAUCCGUGACGUAUCAAGGGCAAGUUUUUGCACCAGGGUCGUCAUUCAUCCUUAUUACUCAGCUUCUUCGAUCUGACGGAGAUGUGUCUAUCAUACUACUUGCUGGGAAUGGUGUUAUCUUCUACGAUGAAAUGGAUGACGAUUGGUAUCGGGCGACGAGAUACGCUGCGACAUUGACAGACACAGAGCUUCCCUCGGCAGUGUCAAAUGGUUACAUCCCUGUAGAAGCAGGGAGUCCAAUGGGAUGUCUCGAACGAUUCCAGUGGUGCUCUUCUGGCAAAUGCGGACCACUGGCAAGUUUUUAUCAUUCUGUCUCUGGAACGGCUUCGAUUUUCAAUAUGACGGCAGAAGACUUUAGUCUUAACUAUACAGCUCGGCCAUCCUCUACGUCAAAACUGGGCUCGGUCUUCGUCUGGAUAUACCUCAUGCUAGCUGAAUCUGGUGCUGAUAUUAACAUGAUUGCUGCGGGUCUGCCUGGAGCUCAAGUCUUGACGUCUGAGUCGCUUCUGAUAAACUCUAUACAAUAUCCUCUGCCUUUAAACCAAUGGCAACUUGACGUAUCAUAUUGGUUUGAUAUAAUACUCGCUACAUUUCAAGCGAUCUUCGUGGACGUCGCGUCUGGACCCUCAGACCCCAUGCUUGAACAGUCAGAAUUCGAAUGGAGUCCUGAGAACGAGCAAGAGCGCCAGCUAUGCAACAGCCAGAAAGUCCAAAGUACUUCAUACGCUUCAUUCAGCCUCUUCGGACUUUUAUUCACCUAUAUCCUCAGUAUUCUCAUAAUCUCUGUUUCUUUCAUACUGGACCCGAUUCUAACUUGCCUGCAACACCGACGCAAGUACAAAACUUAUGCACGCCUAGAAUGGAACACCAAUGCCACCCUACAGCUCCAUCGAUUGACCCAAGAGGAGCUGGGGUUGGGGAAUUGGGAGGGAUGCGCGGAUAUGGUGCCCACUACAAAGGCAGGAGAAAUGCUAGCAGGGCUAGAUAUCAAUGAUCUAGAUCACCCGGUGCUGAUAAAACCUACCAGCACCGAAAAAGAGAAGAGGAGUAUCGGAACUGAAGAAAUUUCUGAUGCGUCAACAAAUGAGAUCUUGAUUCCAAAACACCCUGUCUCUUCAAUUGCUCACCAUGUUGAGGAUGUCGAUUUCGACGGUACAACCGGUUAUGGCGAAUCACGAGUAUUCGCCCAAGGUUCUCGGACAGGCCAAGAUGACGUUCGCAAUUUGAGUCAAACUCAUACUUUAGAAUUUGUUCGUGCUCAAGUCUCUAGGCCAGGAGCAAAUGAUACCCUUGCAUCUCCUCAAGGUGGUGUUGAGGAAUUUGGCCACAAAGAGAACAUCGAUUCUGACAGAGCUCAAAAUGACUACACCGAGACCGCUGUUCCGAUUCCAGGCGCAACAGGCUUGUAGGGAACUGAAAUAUCGAUCCCUGCAGUAUACUGGAAGAGGUGGUUCUCUGAUAGCUACUUAGUGGGCAUGUCUGAAUAUAGUUGAAUUUCAUAUCCAUACAACACUUGUC